AUGAAACGCCGAAAGUUUCUUUGCACAGCCUACAUUCUCUGCGCUUUGAUUACACUGAUAUUUUGCUAUGGCUUCAUUUCUUCAUAUGAAGUAUCAUAUUUUCUUGGAAUUCAAAUACAACCGGCUCAACGGAUUGCCAGUGAUUGCGAGACUUUGAAUAUUGCGAUGGUGAUUGCCGGCUACGAAACAACGAAUAGAGCUGUGAUUCUUUUAAAAUCGAUCUUAUUUUACUAUCAACAACGAAUUCAUUUCCAUUUCAUCACCGAUCAUCGAUCAAUGGAUGUUCUCCCAAAAUUGUUCAAUACUUGGCAGUUAGCUGAUGUUGAAUAUUCUUUCUAUAACUCAACAAAUUACAUCAAUCGUGUCAAUUGGAUUCCGAAUAAUCACUAUUCGAAACAUUUUGGUCUGAUUAAACUGUUACUGGCUGAUAUUUUACCGGAAGAUGUUAAGAAGGUUCUUCUACUGGACACUGAUCUGUUGAUUGUUGGAGAAAUUCAAGAGCUGAUUGACAGUUUCUCAAAGUUGACAAAUGGAAAAUUGUACGGACUUGUGGAGAACAUGUCAAGAUGGUAUACAACACAGGAUCCCAUUCAUCACGUUUGGCCAGCACUGGGAUCCGGCUUUAACACUGGGGUUGCUUUGAUCAAUCUGGAUGCAAUGAGAAAAAUCCGAUGGAAUCACAUUUGGAGAACGGUGGCGGAAGAGAAUUUGAAAUAUUACGGGAGAACGAUGUUGGCUGAUCAGGAUAUCAUCAACGCAAUCUUCGUCCAAAAUCCCCAUUUCAUCCAUCGUUUACCCUGUAAAAGAUUUAUUCAA